GACCCAAACGCAGUCUAUCUAAAACCCAUAGUACGACACCGUAAAUGACCACCGGAACCCAUCUCCUCCGCCUACUCGUCUCCUGCCGGAAAAUCACGGCACAGGUGACAGCCACGAGCACCGACACCAUUGUAGCUAUGGCUUCAUCAGCUGAGCAAGAGUUCUCAGCGCAGUGUAGAGCCAAGCUCAACCGAGUGCCUAGGUGCCGCAAUCUCUGGGACACGAAGAUGGCCUCAAGAGUCGGAGAUAAGCUCGGAGAUCGGCUCAGUGAAGUCGGAGUCCAAAACGUGGAAAUCGACGUUGAAGAGGAGCUCAAUAGGCCGAUGCACUACCGGCAAAUGGUAGCGCCGCUUUUUGAGUCCGUCAAACGCAAGGGCAUCGCCGUUGUUGGAGCUGACAAAUUGGUUUUCUAG